AUAAAUCAAGUGGCCAAAGACUUCAUAAGUUAGAGAAGAGCAAACAUAUCUGACCAAUACAAAGACAUGAAGCCUAAUUUCACUUUGAUCCUUCUCUUAUCUCUUUUCUUGUUUUCGAGCCUUAACGAUGCAAGAAAGCUACCGGCCGAGGAUUACUGGAAGAGCGUGAUGAAGGAGCAGCCUAUACCGAACGCAAUCAAGGACCUGUUUGUUCAAGAUCCAACUUCAGAUGCUUUAACAAGUAUUAGAUCUAAUAAGAAGAACCAUUUUGUUAAGAAUUUUGAUACCAAGUCUGUUGCUGUAAUUUAUCGCAUGCAGCCAUGAUGAAUAGUGUGUGUUUGUCCUUAUUAUGGUAAAAAUGAAAAUCAGAUCGAUUUAAAUCUGAAAUUCUUGUUUUAAAAUGGUUUGCAAGGAUUUUUUUUUUUAAGGUUUUGUUUUGAUUUGUUUGAUAUUUUUUAGGUCUUUUUUGUUGGCUUGAUUAGCUGCUUUUGGCUGUUAAUUACUCAUGCCUGUAAUUAAUUUGCAGAAAAUUUGUACUUUUGAAUAUAAACCGGCAGUUGCGGUUC